CUCAGCUAUCAAACCACCACUGAGGCUAUAGUGUCAUGUAUAGAGUCAAGAUUGUUAUUGUUGGAUCCCCAAAGAGUGGGAAAACAUACAUAACAAAUCUGCUGUCAGAAGCAGUUGAGAAUGUGAGUGGAGACUAUCAUCCCACAAAAGGAGUGAGGAUAGUGGAAUAUGAAUGCGAUCAGCUCAAUGUCAAUGGGAAGCUGGCGAGGGCAGAAGUGGAACUGUGGGACACCAGUGGAGACCAGAAAUAUGAAAGUUGUUGGCCUGCAAUCCAGCGAGACACACAUGGUGUGAUUCUUCUCUAUGACCCUGCAUUUGAGGAACAGGCUAGACAUUUGGACAUCUUGUACUCACACUUCGUCACCCAGCAAGGCCUUAAGGAGCAGCAGUGCAUCAUAUUUUCAAACAAGAAGCCUGGAGGAAGUCAAGCUUCACUUAAACUCUCUUCGAUGCUAUCCCGGGUCCCACAGAUAGAUCUGGAUCUCAGUUCUCAACCAACUGCCCUGAAGACAGAGAUUCAGAGAUUCCUUUCAGAAGUUCUUAAAGUUGCUUCACAAAAAAGAGAUCAAGAUGAAAUGCUUCUCAUCAAAUAAGGUGAAUACUUAAAGUCUCUUUCAUUCCAUGUCCACAUUAUCUUGCAUUUAUGUC